AUGGCAGUAAAAACCUACACUUGGGUUACUCUUUGGUUUAUACUCACUGCGCCUGUCGUCCUCUGGGAUGCAGGAUACUGUUUCAUGCGUCCACGAUCCAUGCUUGGUGGAGACCUCCACUGGAUCUGGAAACCGUACGAAAUAUACCAGAAUAUUGAUUAUGUUUAUGGUAUUAAGGCCCUAGAGGACAAUGACGGGUUCACGAACGCACAAUCUCUUCUCAAUAUUAUAGAGACAUUCAUCGAUCUCUCAUACGUGUACUUGGCACACGUCUCGAACUGGUCCCCUGCCCCCCUUCUUGGGUUUGCAGCAGCGACCAUGACGUUGUCUAAAACAAUUUUAUACUGGUUACAGGAGUACUAUUGCGGCUUCUGUGCCAUCGGACACAAUACCACGUCUGAUCUUAUCAUAUACUGGAUCAUACCCAACGGAUUAUGGAUCGUCGUCCCUAGUUUGAUUGUCAUGAGACUAGGGAAAGAUAUCGUUGCCUCGCUCCACGUCGCAGAGCGCGCUGCGACAAAGGCUGCUUCUGGAAAGCAGAAAUGA